GCCAGUUUGAGCCACGCUCUGCUAGACGCCGCACGCUUUCGGUUCCUCUGCUUAAGCAACGCGCACGCGACGAGCACUUUUCCACUCUCUUCAUUUCCCAUUUCCCCUUCAACAAGACAAAAGUAAAGAAAAAAAACACACAAGUAAUCUAAAGAAAUAAAAGCAGACAACAAAAAAAAUUGCGACCGGCUAUGUGAAGGAUAUUUUUUCCUAUAUUCUUAUUGCCUAAAUCGUGUCUAAAAUAAGUGUAAACGACCAAGAGAAAGAAAAAAGGCAAAUUAAAUUGGCCAAAAGAGUUUUUUGUGUGCAAUUUUGAAAACAAUAAAGCAGAAAUCUGUGCCUGCUAUUAUACACACUCAACACGAGUGUCCUGCAGAAAUCGCCAUUGAAUAUUGGAUUCGGAUUCGUUCGCUGCAUGCUCCAUACUCGGAUUAUUCCUAUUUGCCAUAAUUUAACCAAAGGAAAACAAAAUUCACGGAGAGUUCUCUAAAGCAAGCUAAUCGACUCACAACACACAAAGAUGGGCGAACUCGAGGAGAAGGAAACACCACAGACUGAAACAACAGCGACCCAAGAGACGCUGGACGAACCCAAGGAGACGGAUAAAAUGCUGGACAAGAAGGACGAGGCCAAAGAGAAGACGCCCAGCCCACAAUCCUCGAAGCCAGCCACGCCCAAUGCGGGCAAAAAAUCACCGACACCACAGGCCGAGCAGCAACCGACUGAGGCCAAGUCCGGUGAGGAGAUUAUCGAUAUACCCGCUGAGAAUGGCAGCAAGUCAAAUGGCGGCGCCGCUGGCGACAGCGAGGAGAAGAAGAUUAGUAAGGAGGAGCGCGAAGUGAAGCCCAAGAAGAUACCCAUUGGUGGCCUCAAACUUCCCGGUUUCUUCAUGAAGAACAAACCGAAGGCUGAGGGCGAUGGCGCCGAGGGUGAACUGCUCGAGAAGGACAAGGAGCAGGAGCAGGAUGAGGAGAAGGGCGCCAAUGGCGAUGCAGCAGCCAAGGCUGAAGAGGCACAAAAGCCACGCGCCGGUCUUGGCCAGCGAUUGCGCAACUUCUUUGUGCGCAAACCUGCUGCCGAAAAGGAUCAAAAAGAGCAGGAGAAGAAGCAGCUAAGCAAUGGCGAUGCGGACGCCAAGUCGGAGGCCACAGCUGAAGCUGCGCCUGCCGAGGAUGGAGAUGUGCCCACAAAGCGUGGACUGCUGAAUGCCAUUAAGCUGCCCAUUGCCAACAUGCUGCCCAAGAAGAAGUCCGGCGACGAUGUCGAACUGGGACUGGGCAAAGCAGGACUGGCAUCGAUGGAAACACUGGAUGACUCGCUGAAGGAUCAAGACACCGUCGAUCGUGCACCGCUCAAGAGCAACGGCGCCGAUGAGCUGAAGAGUGAACUCAAGGAUGAGAAGUUGGCUGCCGAGCAGAAACUGGCCGCCGAGGAGGAGGAACGCGAACGUCCUGUGUCGCUGUGGUGCCGCCUGCGUGGCUACAAGUGCAGCGUGGACGAUGCUUUGAUUGUGUUUGGCAUACUGCUCUUCCUGCUGCUGUUGGGCGUCAUCGGUUAUGUGCUCACCCACGAGACGCUGACGUCGCCGCCAUUGCGCGAGGGUCGCUACAUCUCGGCGGUCACCAGUUGCGGCAUGGUCGAGGGCGUCAAGGAGGAUGGCGCCUUUGCCUUCCGUGGCAUUCCCUACGCCAAGGCGCCGCUCGAUGAGCUGCGCUGGCAGCCGGCGCAAUUGAUUGACAACAUCGAGGACUGCUGGAACGGCACACUGCAAACUCACAAUGGCAGCACGGUGUGCACGCAACGACUGGGCAACGGCACCACCAUUGGCGAGGAGAAUUGUCUGUACUUGGACGUGGUUACGCCUCAUGUGCGCUACACUAAUCCGCUGCCCGUUGUGGUGCUGAUUGGUGCCGAGUCGCUGGUUGGUCCCUCGCCUGGUAUUUUGCGUCCAUCGGCUCGCUAUUCGCGCUCGCAUGAUGUCAUCUUUGUGCGUCCCAACUUCCGACUGGGCGUCUUUGGUUUCCUCGCGCUGGAUGCACUCACCAAGGAUGCAAAUCCGCGCAGCUCGGGCAACUAUGCGCUCUCCGACAUCAUUGCCGUGCUCAAGUGGAUCCAGUUGAACAUUGUGCACUUUGGCGGCGAUGCCAAGUCCGUCACACUGCUGGGACAUCGCGCUGGUGCCACACUCGUCUCGGCGCUGGUCACUUCCAAGCAGUUGGAUGGUCUCUAUACGCGUGCCUGGGCCUCGUCCGCUUCGGCCGUUUAUCCUGGCAAAGCACUGCAGGAAUCGGAGCGCAUGAAUACGAAUUUGAUGGCCACUUUGGACUGCCAGGAUGCCGCCUGUUUGCGCGAAGCAUCCAGCGAGAAAUUGUGGGCAGCCACACCCGACACUUGGUUCAACUUCCCCGUCGAUCUGCCCAAGCAGCAGGAGCAAACGAAUGCCAGUCGUCACGAGUGGCUGGUGCUCGAUGGCGUCAUACUGCAGCAGCAUCCCACCGAGUCCUGGAAGCAGGCCACAGCAGCCGCCGCCACCGCCGUUGGCAGCAGCCAAUCGCAGAAGCCGAAACUGGUGAUGGGAGCCACUGCGCAUGAGGCGCACACGCCCAAGCUACGUGAACUGCAUGCCAACUGGACCGCGGAGGAGGUGCGUGAAUAUCUGCAAGCCUCACAGCUGGGCGCUAUGGGAUUAACCGAUGAGAUCAUCAAGCGCUACAAUGCCACCAACUAUGCGGCACUUGUGGCCAUCAUCACGGACAUUCGCACCGUUUGUCCGCUGAUCGCGAAUGUCCGCCUGCAGCCGAGUGUGCCCAUGUAUGUGGUCACCCAGGGCGAGGGCGAGGAUCAGCUGGCCACCGUGGAUGCCGACGUUCAGGCCAUACUCGGACGCUACGAGCCGCACACCGUGGAACAGCGACGCUUUGUCUCGGCGAUGCAACAGCUCUUCUACUAUUAUGUCUCGCAUGGCACGGUGCAAUCGGUUGAUUCGCGUCGUCGUUUCAUCAUUGUGGGACAGGAUGCGGUCGGACAAUUGGAUCACGAGCACUGCAAUUACUGGAUCGAUAAGGAUAUUGUGCCGCGUUAUGCGCGCACCGAUUAAGCGAUCUACUCUCUACUUCCACUGCAGACUCUAUCUUUUUUCUCUUUUGCUCUGUCUCUCUAUGACAAAGUUUGGCGAUUUGUUGCAAAGUGCUGUAAAAGUUGAUUUCAUUCUUCUUCCCCAACAAACAAACAAACAAA